GCCCCCGCCCCAGCUCCGGCGGUAGAGGCGGUGGCGGCGCGCGCACAGCCGUUGCACCUGGCGCCCUCCUCGGCGGCGGCGGCAGCGGCGGCGGGGGGGGCGGGGGUUUCCUCGUCGCCAGGACAACCGGCCUCGCCGCUGCGCCUCUGCCAUGGUUUUCUCAAAUAAUGAUGAAGCCCUUAUUAACAAGAAACUACCCAAAGAACUACUGUUAAGAAUAUUUUCUUUCUUGGACAUAGUUACUUUGUGUCGAUGUGCACAAGUUUCCAAGGCAUGGAAUGUUUUAGCUCUGGAUGGAAGCAAUUGGCAAAGGAUAGACCUCUUUAACUUUCAAACGGAUAUAGAGGGUCGUGUUGUGGAAAAUAUAUCGAAAAGGUGUGGUGGGUUCCUGAGACAACUUAGUCUGAGAGGAUGUCUUGGUGUUGGAGACUCCUCUUUAAAGACCUUUGCACAGAACUGUAGAAACAUCGAACACUUAAAUCUGAAUGGGUGCACAAAAAUCACUGACAGCACGUGUUACAGUCUUAGCAGAUUCUGUUCCAAACUGAAACAUCUGGAUCUGACAUCUUGUGUAGCCAUCACAAACAGCUCUUUGAAAGGCUUAAGUGAGGGUUGCAGAAAUCUGGAACAUUUGAAUCUUUCCUGGUGUGAUCAGAUUACGAAGGAUGGUAUUGAAGCACUGGUGAAAGGGUGUAGUGGACUAAAAGCUCUAUUUCUUAGAGGUUGCACACAGUUAGAAGAUGAAGCAUUGAAACACAUUCAAAAUCAUUGUCAUGAACUUGUAAUCCUGAAUUUGCAAUCCUGUACACAAAUUUCAGAUGAAGGCAUUGUAAAAAUCUGUAGAGGAUGUCAUAGACUUCAGUCGCUCUGUGUUUCAGGCUGUAGCAACCUUACAGAUGCUUCUCUCACAGCACUUGGUCUAAACUGUCCAAGGCUGAAGAUUUUGGAAGCUGCAAGAUGUUCACAUCUUACAGAUGCUGGUUUUACCCUUUUAGCACGGAAUUGCCAUGAGCUGGAGAAGAUGGACUUGGAAGAAUGUGUUUUGAUAACCGACAGCACAUUGAUACAACUUUCUAUACACUGUCCUAAGCUACAAGCAUUGAGCUUAUCUCACUGUGAAUUGAUCACUGAUGAUGGGAUUCUUCAUCUGAGCAACAGUACGUGUGGUCAUGAGAGGCUGCAGGUACUGGAGCUUGAUAACUGUCUUCUCAUCACGGACGUGACUCUGGAACACCUGGAGAACUGCCACAACUUGGAGAGAAUUGAGCUGUAUGACUGUCAGCAAGUCACGCGAGCCGGAAUCAAACGGAUCAGAGCUCAUCUACCUCACGUGAAAGUUCAUGCUUACUUUGCUCCUGUAACUCCCCCUCCGUCGGUAGGAGGGAGCGGACAACGCCUCUGCAGAUGCUUACAAAGCUUGCCCGUCACCGAAGCACGUGUGAUGCCCUAUGCCAUCAGCCUUUAA